AAGGCCAGAAGGGACCGUUGUGAUCAUCUAGUCUGACUUCCUGCAUAAUUUAGACCAUAGGAUUUCCCCAAAAAUAAUUUCUAGAGCAUAGCUUUUAGAAAAACAUCCAGUCUUGAUUUUAAAAUUACCAAUGAUGGAUGGAAAAUCCACCCUGACCUUUGGUAAAUUGCCCCAAAGGUUAAUUACCUUCACUGUCAAUACUUUACGCCUUACUUCUUUUGCUUUUGGGUGCAUGAGUUUGCAAUCUUAAUUUUUUUAAUGUAGUUCUUGUGUGCAAUUUAUAUAUAGUAUACAAUUCACACUAGAACGGAGUUUGUUAUCCAAUACAUACCUGGAUAACUUAUAAGUCUUCGAUACCAGGCUUUUAUAUGAACUUAGGCCAGGCUACUGGGAGUCAGGACUCCAGGAUCUAUUUCUGCCUGUCUUCUUGUGUGCAGUAGCCCCAGCACAUAUUCUCUGCUUAAACUAAUCUUAGGAUUUUAUGAAUAAGUUUGCACAAGAAAUCAAAACACUUAAAGAGGAUGUAGUAUCUGUUGAUCUUGCAAGCAGGUCACCUAGAUGCUAAAGUGUAUAUGGAGCUUUAGAAAUGCCUUAGUCUCCCAACCACUUCAAGGAAAAAACAACUUCACUGAUUAAAAAGGCAGAAUUUUUUAAUUAAAAUUUUCUUUCAGUGGAGUUCUGUCAUGGAUACACUGUCACGGAUACACAAGAGCUCCGCUAUGUCCCAGCUUUUAAACAGGACCCUUGGAGGAACCACUGUGUGUCAGACCCUCGAGAGGUCUCACUCUUGAGGGUAGGCCACAUGGACUCAGCACUGCUGUUUCACAUUGUGAGCUCUGCUCAGUGAAUCCAACAGAGAGACUUCUUGUCAGAAUUUUAUGCUCUUCAGGGACCAGUGCACCUCAGGAAGUAUUUGCAGUGACAUCUGGCAGCCUUUCAAAACAGAGUCGGAUUUAUUAACCAGCUGGAACACAGCAUGAGGAAGUCCUUAGGUUAGCAUAGAGAAAUAAAGGUUAAAACAUAGGCCACUCUGAUCAAGUCAGCUUUCCAUCUGGCCAAGCUGCUGUGGAAUCUGCUUCUGGCUCUGGGUGGCUCUGUCUCAUGGUCAUUCCCAGAGAUGCAGGUCACAAAUGUCCAGUAGACAAUGAAAUUCUACUCGAAAACCAACUCUUCCCUGACAACUUUGCCAAACGGGAAAUCCUCUCAUUGAAGGUGAGAUGUCCCAACAAGGGCUGUCUUCUAAAGAUGGAGCUGAGACAUCUAGAGGAGCAUCAGUUGAAUUGUGACUUCUGCUCUGUGGAAUGCCUACAAUGCCAGGGCUCCUUCCAGAAGAACCAGCUUCAAAACCACAUGACGCUGGAAUGCCCACGGCGGCAGGUCUGCUGUCCAAACUGUGCCACAUCUAUGGCUUAUGAAGAUAAAGAGCUUCAUGACCAGAAUUGUCCACUUGCAAAUGUGUUUUGUGAAUAUUGCAAUACAAUGCUCAUCAGAGAACAGUUGCCUAAUCAUUAUAAUAAUGACUGCCCUACCGCCCCAGUACCAUGUACAUACAGUGCCUUUGGAUGUCCUGAAAAGAUGCAGAGGAAUGAGUUGGCACAUCAUAUGCAAGAGUACACUCAAGUUCACAUGAGAAUGAUGGCUCAGACUCUCCGGAGUAUUAGUGUUACUACAACUCCCAUGUCCUACCUCAGUGGUCUAUCCUUUGAGCCGUCUCUCUUCUCACAUGUCCCACCUGCCACAUAUGACUGCAACCCAGAAGUUGAGAACUUCAAGGAAACCAUUCAGCAGUUGGAAGGUCGCCUGGUAAGACAAGAUCACCAAAUCAGAGAGCUUAUUGCUAAAAUGGAGACUCAGAGCGCUCACGUGGGAGACCUCAAACGCACUAUCCAAAAUCUAGAGGAAAAAAUUACUGAAAUGGAGGCACAACAAUGUAACGGCAUUUAUAUCUGGAAGAUUGAGAACUUCAGCACAUAUCUGAGAGCCCAAGAAGAAGAGAAACCUGUUGUGAUCCACAGCUCUGGCUUCUACACUGGGAAACCAGGCUACAAACUGUGUUUGCGCCUACAUAUCCAGUUACCAAAUUCUCAGCGCUGUGCUAACUUUAUAUCCCUCUUUGUCCAUACUAUGCAAGGAGAAUAUGACAGUCAUCUGCCUUGGCCAUUUCAGGGCACCAUACGACUUUCUAUUUUGGAUCAAUCAGAGGGACAUUUAAGGCAAAAUCACGAAGAAGUCAUGGAAGCCAAACCUGAGCUUCUAGCCUUUCAGAGACCAGCAAUCCAGCGCAACCCAAAAGGUUUUGGUUAUGUGACAUUCAUGCACCUGCAAGCUUUGAAGCAAAGAACCUAUGUAAAAGAUGAUACUCUCCUGGUGCGCUGUGAGGUUGUAACACGUUUAGACUUGAACAGUGUACGGAGAGAGGGCUUUCAACCUCGCAGUACUGAUGGAGCUGUAUAGUCUGGGAGUCCCGCACUAUUGUUCUUUCACAACAGAUUGGAAGGACCAGCGCAUGAAUGCAGGGAUUUUCCAGAGGGGAAAAGCUUCAUGAUAAGAGCAGUUAUCUGGGUUGAACAAUGCUAUUCUGCAGGCUAAUACAGCUGAUUUGACUGAAUAGAAUUUGAUGCCUUUGGUAUACAAGCUUUUUCUCUGUUUGUGGGUCAUGUAUUAAAUAUUUCUUACUGUU